CUGUUUGUACAUCCGCAUUAUAAUUUUAAUAGAAUUAUUUCAGUCAUGAUCUUUGUAUACACAAAUAUCAUGUUUGUGUCUUGAAUAAAAUUAAGAGUAGUAUCUUAAAAUAUUAGUAUAACACAUGAAAGCCAUGCAAUGAACUGAAUACAUAAAAUGUGAAAUGUUUGAAGAUAAAUAUAACUUCAAUAUAUUUGAGGUUAUAUUUAUAUAACUUCAAAUAUAAAGUUUGAUAUUUGAUAUUUACAGGGUUCACAGAACCCUGUAAACAUCUUGGGUUCAUAUUUAGUUUUAUUGUAGUUAUCAGUUUCCUUUUAUUCACAUCUUAAUUUUUACAAAUAUUAUCAUCCCUGUAAAAAUGUGGAUAACUGAGUUCAAAUACCUCUGGUUCAACAAAUAUUAUUACUGUUGCUAAUUUAUUUAACACUGACAUUUACAGUUAUAAUACUGUUAUAUGUUUCAUUUAUAUUUGCUACAAAUAAAUAUGGGCAAUAUUUAUGCUUGAAUUAAGUAGGUAUCCAGCGCUAAUUGAGCAGAAUAUCACACCUUUUAGUUGUACUCAGCCACGUCACACACAAGCUGGUUGCAGCUUAACCUUACCAUAGCCUUAUGUUGGGAUAGUAAUAAUAAUUGUAGUAAUAAUGUAUUUUUUGGUACUUUUCAAGACAUCAUGGACACUUUCCAAGAAAAACAUACAUUCAAAAAUACACAGAAAAAUGGAGGAGGGGAAAAAAAGAAAUGAAAAAUGACUGAAAAAGGGAUGAUGCUCUAAGCUUUGGAGAUUUGUUUUUACCACCCAUAUGGUUUUACUCACAGUGGCAAAAUAAACUUUGGUCGUCCACCAGCUUUGUUAUCUAACUAUUUAUAGACGGAAAUGUUAUCCGUCUAUAAAUAGUGACACAUUUACCGUUAGUAUUGCAUGUUCUCUCAUCUUUCCCAUUUUGAAGCAAGGUGGUCAUGUGUGUCACAUAUUUGUAACCAAAGACCUUGCUGAUUUAAAAUCUUAGUAUCCCAAUUUUAAAAAACAGAGUAAAAAAAAUAAAAUAUAUAUUUGUUUUACUCUGUUUUUAAUGUGUUGAUUUUUAUUUACCUGCAUCACUUCUGGUGUUAAUAGUUGUUGCAACUUUUACUUUGUCUGAGACUUCUUGUAAUCUCUGGAGUUUUUCAGCCAAACUUAUCUUAAGGUACUUUCUGCAUCUUUACCAGGAGUACCAAUAGUUGUGCAUCGGUGUUGCAAAUCCUCAGUCGGCCCGUCCUGCUCUGCUCUCAGCUAGGAGAGCUGUUCCUUCCACUCCACACAUCACAGGCGCCUCUGUUCUCUUGCUGUGUCAUGCUGGCAGGUUUAUCUGAAAAGCCCGCUGGAACCUACCAUCCCAUCCAUGCACGGAGCGUGCAGAGAACACGGUGAGCUGGGGGGCAGGGGGCUCGGGGUUCGGCUUGAACUCUUCAUUUGUUUGCGACCAGAGGAAGAGAGGGACGUUCUGUGUUUCCACCGUCGGGGACACACCCUGCCUGCCCUAGAGCGGUGCAGUGUGAUGAGAGGCUGAGAGAGACCAUGACAGGCGGCUGCAGCCUUGUAGAGAGGGAGGGAUGGGAAUGCUGAAUCAGUGAAACUACAGAAAAGGUCCAGGAGAGGGUGAACGAGUGGGUAAAUGGCAGGGAGAGAAAGGUAACAGGAGGGGUAGGUGGCAAAAGAUGAGCUGCAUGAGUCCUUUUCACUCAUUUAAUCAAUAAUCUAUGGAGUUCACCACUAUUUCGGCCAUGUCUGUGUUUUUCAAAGAAACUUUAAGCUGAAGUAAAUCCCAGUGGUGACUUUUGUUUACUUUGGCUUAAAGGCGACAUUUUGCGUUUACAGUUAACACCAGCCCUGAGAACCAAGAUGCAGGUAGAUGAGCCGGUGCUUUUGCCCAGGUUGUCCCGUGUCGCAGUUUGUGGCGGCACGCAUGGCAAUGAGCUCUCAGGAGUGUACUUGGUGCGAGAGAUGCUGAAGACGGAGAAAAGGAAGAAGGACGGGGAGCCCGCGUCAGUGCUGAUGGUGCUGUCCAACCCUCGGGCCAUGCAGCAGUGCAGCAGAUACGUUGACACUGACCUGAACCGCUGCUUCACCCACGCAACCCUCAAUGGCCCCAUAUCAGAGGGGGCCCCCUAUGAGAUCUUCCGGGCCCGUGAACUGAAUGCCCUGCUGGGUCCCAAAGGCAGCCGGGCGGCAGUGGAUCUCAUCUGUGACCUCCACAACACCACCGCCAACAUGGGCCUGAGCUUCAUCGCUUAUUCUGACUGUGACUGGAUCUGUCUUCACAUAUUCAGAUACUUGCAGAAGCAGAUGCCGGAUACGCCAAUGAGAUUCAUCCAUUUUGAUGUCUCCACUAAAGAGUCAUAUUCCCUCGAUUCCAUUGGAAAACACGGCUUUGCCAUGGAGAUUGGUCCUCAGUCCCAUGGGUGUGUCAAGUCAAACAUUUAUACAGCAAUGAAAGAAGGCGUGCAGCACAUGCAGGAUUGGGUCCGCUGUUUUAACUCAGGUUGUGUGUUUGAUGGAGGACCAGUCGACGUGUUCACCAUGGUUAAAAACGUAGAUUAUCCCAGAGACGGCGAGACUCGCAGCAUUAUGGCAGCCAUCCAUCCACGCCUCCAGGACCGAGACUUUUGCCUGCUCCACCCUGGAGAGCCCCUCUUCCAGGCGUUCUCAGGAGAAACGAUAAAAUACAAGGGCAACGAACCGCUCUACGCUUUCUUCAUCAACGAAUGCGCUUACUACGAGAAAGGCAUCGCUCUGUCCCUGGCCAGAAAGAAGCGUGUGACCGUCCCUUCUAUCCGUGUGCAAACGGAUGAGGAAGAACGAGCGAGUGAGCAGAGUUUUGCUUCAGAGGAAGAGGAGUGAAGACUUUCUUCAGAUGAGACUCGUGUGAAAUGAUUUUUAGCAACGUUUUUUUUUUUAUUUAUUGAAAUGACAACACGUACAAGCCUUGCACAUACGCACACGUAUUUACACACAUAGCAACAGUUUCACUUUAGGUUCACAAACAUCAUGUUUCAACAGUGCAUUCAGGGAUAGAAGAGCCGUUUGUGUUUGAUGUUUGGAUGAGUAAAAUACAAUCCAACUCAGCAGAACGUUUGUGAAACCAUUCAGAAAUGUCAUGACACUUUGGAAAAUGAUGCUCAUCUGUUACCAUCCAGCAAGUGUGUUUAUUUCCUCCAAAUAAAUAUAUAUACAUAUA